UAUAAAUGCUCUAAUUCAUAAACCCACAAAUAUCAAAUGGUUUUGUAACGCUGAGACUAGCAGAGAAAUGCAAUUAAUGCUUAUUAUUAUUGUUGUUUUGUCCAGUCUGCAACUUGCAAGCUGUAAUUAUGAGGAGGCAGCUGUCCAAUGCAGAAGCAAUUGUCCAAUGUUGGACUUCAGAUACAUUGUGGACACACUCCUACAGCAACAGAGGGAACUCUGCAGAUAUCAGUGUCUGACCAAUUUCUCGGACGAUCUAGCAGAGACACUAAAAGGUCACAUUGAAGCCAUCAGUGCUUUACUUUUUCACCCCCCUUUGAACUACCACAACAGGAAGUACAUCAUCUCCAAGUUUCCUUACCAAAGUUCUGAAGAAGCCAUGACAUACUGCACAGCUUUUGGCGGCUACCUGGCAGAAGUCAGUGACGAAAACGAGUAUAGGGCGCUGCAGAAUUUCGUUUUGAAUACAUCGUCAGUAGACAUUGUGCUUAUCUCUGGAUCCGACGCCAUAACUGAAGGCGCCUGGAUAUUUCAGCGCACUGGUGGGCCAGUACCAUUUUUAGAUUUGAUUCCUGGACAGCCUGAUAAUUUGGGAGAGGAAGAUUGCUUAAAUUUAUGGAAACAGUACGGCGGUAAGAUGAAUGACCUGCCAUGUGGUUUCAGGAGUUCUCAAGACAGGUUUAUGUGUGAGCUACCUAGAUUUUACUAGCUGGCCUUUGAUGACCUCUACAAAUGUACCACAAUGUUUCUACUGUUAAAUUUCUCUGUUUAGAAGAACCAUCACUUACACAAAUUUAGCAUAAACAUGUUUUAGUUUUUGUACUAUAAAUUUUAUAAUUAAUAAAAAUGACAAAAUU